AUGUUUCAGAUUGUGAAGAAACUAAAACUACUGAAGAAGAACUUGAGGAUUCUCAAUACAAACCACUCCAAGACUAUUGAGGAUGAAGCCAAAGAAGAUAGGAUGGCACUGCAUCAGGUACAAUAUCUACUACAAGUUAAUCCUAUGGACUUUGAACUUCAACUCAGAGAAAAGGCACUAUAUCAAAAGUUCAGGAAUUCAUCCUACCUAGAUGAGAUGCACUUGCAACAAAAAAUUAAGGCAACAUGGAUUCAACUUGGUGAUGACAACACAAGUUACUUUUACUCAGUGAUUAAGCACAUGAAACUCAAGCAGGCAGAGACUCAACUGAAGAAUGAACAGGGAGAAUGGGAGCAUAAUCCAAACAAUAUAGCGCAGUUGUUUGUAGAGUAUUAUGAAGGCUUAUUGGGUCACACAACUACUUCCAGAAUACAUGCAUUCAUGAUUACUAGCAAGGAUGUAAAAGAAGCAAUCUUCCAAAUUGAUUGCAACAAGAGCCCAAGUCCAGAUGGAUAUGGGAGUGGCUUCUUCAAAGCUGCUUGGCCAGUAAUUGGGCAGGAUAUUAGUGAGGUUGUGCUGGACUUCUUCCAAAAUGGCAAAUUACUCAAACUGAUUAACUCGACCAUUAUUGCAUUGAUUCCAAAAGUGGAUGCACCUGAAUAUGCUAAUUAA